AUGUAUGACCGAACUGGUGCGCAUGCGCAGGAGGGUUGGUCCGGCUUGGCUGCGUGGGGGCAGAGCGCGUUCUUCGCGGGCUGCGUGCUGGGCACGCUGUCGCUGGGCGCGGUGGCGGACCGCGCGGGCCGCCGGCUGGCGCUGCUGGUGGCGUGGAUGCUGGCCGCCGCGGGCAACGCGCUCGCCGCCGCCGCCCACGCGCCGCCGCUCUUCGUGCUGGGCCGCGCCGUCGCCGGGCUCGCCACCGACACCAACUUCUUCAUGAUGUACAUCCUCGUGAUGGAGUACAUGGGAGAGCGGUGGCGCACGGCGGGCUUGAACGCGACGGUGGGCGCGUUCUACGGAGUGGGGCCGCUGCUCUUCCUGCUGCUGCCCGAGAGCGCCCGCUGGCUGCUGCAGGCGGGCCGCCCGCAGCGCGCCGCCGCCUGCUACCGCUCCGUCGCCGCCGCCAACGGCAGGCUGCGCCACCUGCCGCACGACCUCGUCGAGCGCCUGCAGGAAAUGUCGUACAAAAUCACAGCAGAAGCCGCUGAGACCUCAGCCAGCGUGUUUGGCCUGCUCAAGACGCCUGUCCUGCGCCGAAGAACAUUAAUCCUCGUCUUCAAAUCGAUGGUGCUGACGCUCUGCUACGACGCGACGUGGCGCGACGUGAAUGACCUCGGCUUCCCCGCGACGGUCGUCUUCUCGGCCAGCGCCGCCACCAUUCUGCCGGCCUGCCUCAUCAUCCUCUGGCUGCAGGAUCGUGUGGGCCGCAAGGCGCUGUCGGCGGGCGCGCUGUCGCUGUGCGCCGCUGCCGUGGCGCUGCCAGACGUUAAGCCGGGGCCCGCCGCUGCGCUCGCGCUGGCGCUACUGUCGCGCCUCGCCAUCAACGUCGCCUACAAUGCCGCCACGCAGUACGCUGCCGAGCUGCUGCCUACGCAGAGCUAUGCUAGACAGUAG